AUGGCGGCCUUGAGGAGCUUUCUGAAGAAAAGAUCCACUUUGCUCUGCAAUGAAGCCGUGAGAAAGAGACUCUUCUCAACCCAAGUGAGCCAACCCAUCAAUGUUUCUCCAUCUUUUGCUCAGAGGGUCAGAAACCUUCCUAAGGAUCUUCCUGGAACCCACGUCAAAACAGAAGUCUCCCAACUCAUUGGUAGAACUCCCAUUGUAUAUCUUAACAAAGUCACUGAAGGAUGUGGAGCUUAUAUAGCUGUCAAGCAAGAGAUGUUUCAACCCACCUCUAGCAUCAAAGACAGACCAGCACUUUCAAUGAUCAAAGAGGCAGAAAAGAGAGAGCUUGAUAACUCCUGGCAAGAGUUAGCUGUUACAGUACUGGUGGAGCCAACAUCAGGAAAUAUGGGAAUCAGCAUGGCUUUUAUGGCAGCCAUGAGAGGGUAUAAAAUGGUUCUCACUAUGCCGUCUUAUACAAGCUUGGAGAGAAGGGUGUGUAUGAGAGCCUUUGGAGCUGAAUUAAUUCUCACUGAUCCAGCCAGGGGGAUGGGAGGAACUGUUAAGAAGGCUUAUGAUCUUCUGGAAUCCACACCAAAUGCUCAUAUGCUCCAACAGUUCUCAAAUCCUGCCAAUACUCAGGUGCAUUUCGAAACUACAGGCCCUGAGAUAUGGGAGGAUACCGAUGGGCAAGUUGACAUCUUCGUAAUGGGAAUUGGUAGCGGAGGCACAGUCUCUGGGGUUGGGCAGUAUCUCAAAUCCAAAAAUCCCAAUGUUCAGAUAUAUGGAGUGGAGCCUGCUGAAAGUAAUGUGCUAAACGGUGGCAAACCAGGUCCUCAUUUGAUCACCGGCAAUGGGGUUGGAUUCAAACCAGAUAUUUUGGACUUGGAUGUGAUGGAUAGAGUUAUUGAGGUUAAAAGUGAUGAUGCAGUAAAAAUGGCAAGACGAUUGGCAUUGGAAGAGGGACUUAUGGUAGGAAUAUCAUCCGGAGCCAACACGGUGGCAGCAAUUGAGCUUGCUCAAAAGCCAGAAAACAAAGGCAAACUUAUUGUGACUGUUCACCCAAGUUUCGGGGAGCGAUACUUGUCAUCUGUCCUGUUUGAAGAGCUGAGGAAGGAAGCCGAAAACAUGCAACCGGUCUCAGUCGACUAA